AUGGCUGGACGGGAGACCAUGCCGGACAAACGAAGGCCAUCCGAAGUGCUCGAGCACCAAGAACUACAAAACCUGGUGCGCAUUGCGUCCGACUUGAGAGAAAAGCAGGGUCUUGCGAUACCAAACAGCUCCGACCUGUCUGACAAUGACGACGAUCCCCGGUUCGACCCAACUAGCCAUGCAUUUGACCAUUACCGAUGGGCGCAACGGGCCUUGAUGUCUCUCAACAAGUCCGGCAUUUCUCUGGAGCGGCAGGGCGUGAUCUUUUCGAAUCUUUCCAUCUCUGGGUCGGGGUCCCCGUUGCGGUUCCAGGAGACUGUCCUCUCCAGCUUGCUGCUUCCAUUUCGCUCUCUCGCCCUCGCUGUCUUGGGCAGGGCCAAGAGCAGCCGCCCUCGCCGUAUUCUUGACAGUUUUGACGGCCUGCUCAGGAGCGGCGAACUGCUGCUCGUGUUGGGCCGUCCGGGGAGCGGCUGCUCAACCCUGCUCAAGGCGCUGUGCGGACAUCUGGAAGGGCUAACUCUAGAGCCCGAAAGCAGCAUUCAUUACCAGGGAAUCAGCUUCAAGAAGAUGACGAGGCAAUACCGCGGCGAGGUUGCCUACAACCAGGAAGUAGACGAGCAUUUCCCGCAUCUAACAGUUGGCCAAACCCUCUCCUUUGCCGCGGCCGCCCGUGUACCACGUCAGCGCCCGCCCGACCUGACGAGACAAGAGUACAUCGACACCAUGGUCAGUGUCGUCAUGGCCGUGUUCGGCCUGUCGCACACGUUUGACACCAAGGUCGGCGACAGCUUCGUCCACGGCGUCAGCGGCGGCGAGCGCAAGAGAGUCAGCAUCGCCGAGAUGUUUCUCUCCCGAGCCCGCGUUGGGGCAUGGGACAACAGCACUCGAGGCCUCGACGCGGCAACGGCGCUUCAGUUCAUCAAGUCGUUGCGGCUGUCGGCCGAUCUGGGCAGAGCCUGUCACGCUGUUGCCGCGUACCAAUCCUCGCAGUCCAUGUACGACCUCUUCGACAAGGUCGUUGUUCUGUACGAGGGCCGCGAGAUCUUCUCCGGGCCAUGCGCCGACGCGGUUGCGUACUUUGAAGACAUGGGCUGGCACCGAGAUUCCAGACAGGUCGCAUCAGACUUUCUCACGGCCGUCACGAACCCCGGCGAACGCACGCCGCGGCCAGGCAUGCAGGACAAGGUGCCUCGCACAGCGGCAGAGUUUGCCGACUAUUGGCGGCGCAGCAAGGAGGCGGCAAAGCUCAAGGCCGACAUGGAAACGUAUGAGCGUGCGCACCCGCUCGGCGGCAAGGCCUCGCAGAGGUUUCAGGAGAGCCAUGAGAAGCAGCAGGCCAGGCACACGCGAGCCUCGAGUCCGUAUCUGCUCUCGGUCCCGAUGCAGAUUCGCCUGUGUCUGCGCCGAGCGUUCCAGCGGAUGCGCAACGACGUGCCGACGACCAUGUCCACCGUUGUUGUCCAGCUCGUCUUGUCCUUCAUCAUCGGGUCCAUCUUCUACAACUCGCCCAACACCAGUGACGCCUUCUUCCAGAAAGGGGCCGUCAUCUUCUUUGCCGUCCUCAUGAACGGCCUCAUCACCAUCAACGAGAUCAUGCAGCUGUACAGCCAGAGGCCCGUGGUCGAAAAGCACGCCCGAUAUGCCUUUGUGCACCCGUUCACCGAGGCACUGGCAAGCUCCAUCAUAGACUUGCCCAUCAAGUUGCUGCGCUGCUCUCUGUUUAGCAUCGUGCUUUAUUUUCUCGUUGGAUUGCGCGCGGAGCCUGGGCCGUUCUUCGUCUUUUACCUCUUCCUCAUCACGACCGUCCUGGUCAUGUCUGGAAUCUUCCGCUCGGCCGCGGCGGCGACGAGAACAGUCGGCCAAGCCAUGGGCAUCGCCGGCAUCCUGAUACUUGCCCUUGUGGUAUACAGUGGCUUCAUGAUACCUCAGUCAUACAUGCACCCCUGGUUUGCGUGGAUUCGCUGGAUCAACCCCAUCUUUUACGCCUUUGAAGGUCUCCUUAGCAAUGAAUUUCACGGACGCGAAUUCGGCUGCGCCCAGCUUGUUCCGCCCUACGGAACUGGGAGCUCCUUCAUAUGUGCUGCCGUCGGCGCGGUGCCUGGCCAGCGGUCGAUUGCGGGUGAUGCGUUUCUCAAGGCAAACUAUGGUUAUCAAUACUCUCACUUGUGGCGCAACUACGGGAUUCUGGUUGCCUUUCUUGUCUUCUUCCACGUUACAUAUCUGACCGCCACCGAGUUCAGCAAGGGGAGGCCCUCCAAGGCUGAAGCCCUCGUCUUCCGCCCCGGCCAUGCGCCAAGGCGCUUUUAUCAAGGUGAUGUUGAAGCACCAGAAAAAGACCCCGUGUCUGUUUCCCCGGCGCCCGGCGACGACAAGAUGGGCCACUUGCCUCGACACAGAGACGUUCUCACAUGGAGAGCGCUCAACUAUGACAUCCCCGUUCAAGAGGGCACACGCCGGCUGCUGAACGAUGUCAAUGGAUGGGUCAAACCAGGGACACUAACAGCACUCAUGGGAGUAUCUGGGGCCGGCAAAACCACGCUCCUGGAUGUUCUUGCGCAGAGGGUUUCCAUUGGAGUCGUGUCCGGUGACAUCCUGGUCAAUGGCCAAGUGACUACGUCUGGGUUUCCGAGACGAGCUGGCUAUGUCCAGCAGCAAGACCUUCACCUUGGCACGACCACGGUGCGAGAAGCGCUGCGCUUCAGUGCUGUGCUGCGCCAGCCUCCAUCCGUGUCCGAGGCAGACAAGUACCAAUACGUCGAGGAGGUGAUUCAAAUGCUGGGCAUGCACGAGUUUGCGGAAGCAGUCGUCGGUUCUCCCGGCGAGGGGCUCAACGUGGAACAGAGGAAGCUGCUGAGCAUUGGGGUCGAACUUGCGGCGAAGCCCUCCUUGCUCAUCUUUCUCGACGAGCCGACCAGCGGCCUUGAUUCCCAGAGCUCCUGGACCAUCUGCGCGUUCCUGCGGCGGUUGGCCGAUCAUGGACAGGCAGUGCUGGCUACCAUCCACCAACCCAGCGCUCUGCUGUUCCAGACAUUCGACCGCCUCUUGUUCUUGGCACAGGGAGGCAAGACUGUAUACUUUGGAGACUUGGGGCUCAAGUCCAGCACUCUGAUUGAUUACUUUGCCCGUGCGGGUGUGCGACGGUGUGGCGAGCGGGAGAAUCCUGCGGAAUACAUACUGGAGAUGGUGUCCGGGAGGGACGACUCUGGUAUCGACUGGGCAGAGCAAUGGAGCAAGAGCCCGGAGCACGACGAGGUGCUCGAGGAAGUCGAGGCUCUCAACAGGCAGCAGGCCGUCGCUCGCACCGAGAGCACGGCAGAUCAGGACGUGUCCCGCGAGUUUGCCCAGCCCUUCGGCACCCAGUUUGUCCAUGUCGCUGGUCGUGCGUUCAGACAGUACUUUCGACAGCCAGAAUACAUCUUCACCAAGUUCGCCCUCGGCAUCGCCUCGGGCCUGUUCAUAGGAUUCUCCUUCUGGAAGGCCGAUAGCACCCUGCAAGGGUUUCAAAACGCCCUGUUUGGCGUCUUCCUCCUGGCAACCAUCUUCCCGACCCUGGUCAACCAGAUCAUGCCCAAGUUCGUGGCCCAGCGCGCCCUGUACGAAGUCCGCGAGCGCCCGUCGAGGGUCUUCUCGUGGAAGGUCUUCAUCCUGUCCCAGAUGCUCGUCGAGGUGCCGUGGCAGGUCCUCCUGGGCAUCUGCGCAUGGGCGUGCUUCUACUUUCCCGUCUUCGGCACCAGCGGCUCCCCGGACACCCAGGGCUUGAUCCUCCUCUUUGUCAUUCAGUUCUACAUGUACGCGGCCACGAUUGCGCAGAUGGUGGUGGCCGCGAUUCCGGACCCGGCGCUGGGAGCCAUGCUGGCCGUGCUCAUGUUCGGCAUGUCCUUCAUCUUCAACGGCGUCAUGCAGCCGCCCGACGCUCUGCCGGGCUUCUGGAUCUUCAUGUGGCGCGUCUCCCCCUUUACCUACUAUGUGAGCGGCCUCGCCGGCGCGGCGCUUCACGCACGCAGCGUCGUGUGCUCCGCGAGCGAGAUGAGCGUGUUCGAUCCGCCCCCUGGGCAGUCGUGCGGUGCGUACCUGGCCAUGUUCCUGGACAAGGCUCCCGGCACGCUCUACAACCCCGGUGCGAGUUCGGGAUGCGAGUACUGCGCUCUCUCUUCCGCGGAUCAGUACCUGGCUGCUCGCCGGAUCUACUGGGGCGAGCGGUGGCGCAAUUACGGCAUCUUCUGGUGCUACAUGGUCUUCAACGUCUUCGGCACGGCAACGCUGUACUACCUGUUUCGUGUGAGGACGUGGAAGAGGCGCAAGGUGACAAGGCCGUAG